AUGGCGACAAGCAGUGCAUUCGAGAACCACAGGAUUCCGGAGAUACCAGAGAGCAUGUUCUAUGUGCCCAACUUCAUCAACGACAAGGAAGAAGCAGAUUUGUUGACCGCAAUACCAUCAAAUCGCUGGAUCCAACUACAACACCGCCGCUUGCAAACUCAUCCAUCUUCACUAUCNAAAAGCAACACCCUCCUUGAAGCGCCGCUGCCUCCUUGGCUCGUUGAACCCAUCAUCUCGAAAUUCAGAUCACUUGGUCUUUUCAGUGACAGUCCACAUCACUCGCCUAAUCACGUCUUGAUCAACGAGUACAAUCCAAAUGAAGGUAUCAUGCCACACGAGGAUGGCGCAGCAUAUCACCCGAUCGUAGCCACUGUAAGCCUGUCAAGUGCUUUGUGUCUUGAUAUCUACGAGAAGAAUCAGGAUGGGGAUCAAGCUCCAGUCAGCUCAUCACCCAAGUGGCGUGUCUUGCAAGAACCACGCUCUCUUCUUGUCACUUGUGGGUCUGCAUAUACCGACACUCUACAUGGAAUCUCAGAAAUCGAUAUUGACGAGGACUUGAGACCCGACACUGUGGCUAAUUGGACUCUUCUCGGCGACAGCAAAAUCUUUACUGAAAAUGGAGGCAAAAACGUGCGCACCACUCGGAUCAGUCUUACAUACAGAGAUGUUCUCAAGGUUUCGAAACUUGGAGCAAGGCUACUGGGUAGACCAAGAGGUUGA